UUCAUUUUAUAUUCAAUUUCUUCCUAUUUCCUUUCCUUGCGAAGCUCCAAUUCUGAUCUAAAUGGCGGCGGCGGCGGCGGCGGCGGCGGCAGCAGCAGUUCCCGACUACAGCGCCGCCGAGGCAGCUCCCGAUCGCCUGCAAGAGCUGCUUAAGUUCGACGCCACCAAAUCGGGCGUCAAAGGCCUAGCCGACGCCGGCAUCACCAAGCUCCCACGAAUCUUCGUCCACUCCCCCGAUGACCUGCCUUCCCCACCCUCCCUCGCCCGCCUCCAAGUCCCCGUCAUCGACCUCAGCGGCGUCGCCGACGACGCCCGUCGGCGGAAGGAGGCGGUGGAGCAGAUCCGCGACGCCUCGAGCUCAUGGGGAUUCUUCCAGCUGGUGAACCACGGCGUCCCGCCGCAGAUCUUGGAAGGCAUGAUGCAGGGGAGCCAGAGGUUCCAUGAGCUCCCAAAGGAAGUGAAGGCGAAGCUCUACGGCCGCGAUUUGAAGCAGAACGUGAAGUACGUCUGCAACUACGAUUUGUUCCUUUCUCGGGCUGCGAACUGGAGGGAUACCUUCUCGUGUACCUUCGACGCCACGCUGAAUCCUCAAGACAUUCCUGAUGUCUGCAGAGACGAGAUCCUGGCCUACGGCGAGCACAUGCUCGGCCUUGCCGAGUCGGUGUACGAGCUGCUCUCGGAGGCACUCGGACUGAGUCCAUCUCAUCUCAAGAGCAUCAACCUCUCCAAGGGACAGUUCAUGAGUGCACACUACUAUCCGCCGUGCCCGGAGCCGGAGCUCACUCUGGGCACUUCCAAGCACUGCGAUCCAUCCUUCUUGACGCUGCUCAUCGAGGACGAACUCGGCGGCCUGCAAGUUCGCCACGAAGGUCACUGGGUGGAUGUGUCGCCCGUUCCCGGAGCCGUAGUCGUCAAUAUCGGCGAUCUCCUUCAGAUCAUUAGCAAUGGUAAAUUCAAAAGCGUGGAGCAUCGAGUGUUGGCGAGUCGACUAGGGCCUCGAUUGUCAGUGGCGAUGUUUUUCGUUGGAGUUCGCGAGGCCAAUUACUUGUUUGGUCCGAUCAAAGAGAUAUUGUCCGAGAAUGAGGCUCCAAAAUAUCGAGAAUUUCUUCUCGAAGAGUAUUUUCAGCUUUUCGCUUCUAGAGGAAUUGGAACAGAGUCUAUUCUCAGCCAUUUCACUCUUUGAAACGAGAGUUUAGCUGGGAUGUUAAUGUGUACGAGUGCACUGCAGUUGAAGAAGAAUAAAGAUCGGUAAGUUAAUUAAACUAUUUGAAGAUUGGUGCGAACAGAGUACAAUUAUAUAUAUCAUCUGUGAUACGGCAGAAUUUGUAAGUUCCCAGCCUAAUUUUUCUUGAUCGUUGAUGACUAA